AUGUCCACUACAGAGUUACCACCAUCUUAUAACGAUGCCUUACAAGGUUUUGUUCCACCACCAGAAUAUAAUUCAACACCAGCCGCUGGGUCAACAACCGCUGGGUCUUCACAAGGUUCAAGAGUUAUACCCAUGAAUUCAAAUGCUCGUGAAGAAUAUUAUACACCAUCAAGAUUAAAUUUAGUUGUAUUGGAUGAUCCUAAUGAAGAUCCUUUAGAUAUUGAAGCAUUACAAGUUCCAUCAAUAGAAUAUCAAGUUAAAACAAAUGAUGAAAUACAAGAUUUAUAUCAUUCAAUUCAUACAUUAGUUGAAGAUAAAUUUAUUCAAGUUAAUAGAAAUACAGAAUUUAUUCAUAAAAAGAUACGUUCAAUGUAUAAUCAUUAUUAUAUUAAUAACUUGAGAAAUCAAACAUUAGAAGAUUUUAUCAAGAUUAAAGAAAAAUUAUCAAAAGAAUUACAAUCAUUACCACAAAUAUUCCAAUAUUAUAAACAAUUUAAUGAAACAUAUGGUCAAGUAUCAAAUGAAUUAAAAGUUAUCAAAUAUGAAUUGGAAAGUGCUGUAGAUCAUGAAUCUAAUUCCAAAUUAACAGAAGGUGACUUAUUAAAUUUAUCAAAUCAAUUGAAAACCAAGUCAAAUUUACUGAAGAAAUGUCAUUUUAAUCUAAUACAAAUUGAUAACAAAGUUAAAACCAUGAGUGAUUCAGAAGAAGUUUCAUAUGUUUUGAAAGAACGUGCAAGGGUUUAUAACAUGGCUACUGAUUUUGUUCGUAAUCAACAAUAA